AUGGAGCCGUCGCCUCUCACGCAGGUGUCGCAGCAGUCGUUCCAGCCCAAGAUCAUCCACCUCUACGAAACCCUCUUUCGCGAAGAGGACGAGGACGUGGAGCUCUCCGAAGGCUUCUGGGAAGAGUUCUUCCUCCACCGACCCGACCAUGCGGGGUUCAAGCGCGUGCUGGGCCGGAUCCCGCCCGACGAGAUGCUGCACCUGCAGGAGCAUUCGCAGGCGCUGUUUCGGCGCGCCAUCGCGCGAAUCAAGGCGGGCUCUGCACCCUCGGAUGAGAUUGCGCUCGAGACCUUGACCGUGUUCCUAGACGCUGCCCUGAGCAAGAAGUACACGAACCCGAGCUCCGACAUCAUCUCGGUGCUGGCAGGCCUGCACGAUGCCGACGCGGUCAUGGCCGAGUUUGUGGGCGCGCUGGACAUGGUCAUACGGAAUGGGAGGAACAUACCGCUGCGACUCAAGGCCGUGCGAACCACGCUCUCCAUUACCGCCGCCGGCUUCCUCACCGUCCUGCCCUCGUACUUCACCCACCGCGACCUGUUUCCCUCGCUCAUGAAGUACAUCCAGGAUGGCGGAGAUCACAACCAAGCGCUGCCUGCCUUCUACCUGCUGGGCCUGCUCGUCAACUACAACAAGUUCGAGUUCCAGAAUCCGUAUAGGUUGCGGCUCGACGAUUUUGUAAACGACGCAAUAAUACAGAAGAUCGUUGUCAGCUUUGGAGAGACGUGCGUCACGCUGAGAGACGCCUACGUCGCGGUCCAGGAUGACAUGCCCGAGGGCUGGUCGCUGGGCUCGACGCUGAACUACUUCUCACUGGGACUGCUGGCGCCCGCGUCACGGCCGGCUACACCGACGCCGAGUGCUGAAGAGAGCAAGUCUUUGUUUGCAACACUCCCUGGGCCAGAAAUCGGCGUGCUCCUAUCAACGUACGAUUUCGCCAAUGCAAACAAAGUCUUCUGCUUUACCCUCGUCUCCGCUGAACCAGCGAACAAGGGCGACACAUCACCCAUGAGUGCUUUCCUCUCGCUCACCUCGUAUCUGUUCCAGCAUGCGCAUCGCUCCCAGCGAGCGGCACUCUACACCUACCUCAGCCUCUUUGUACUGCAGAUCCUGGUCGAGGACCAGUCGCUCGUGAAGCGGCUAUGCAGCGAAGAAAGCAAGCUCUCCGUGCGCCUCUGCCGGCAACGGCAACCCUACCUCCCCCUCGUCCGGGGCGACCGCACCGCCGCGUCCGUCAUCAUCGACCUCAUCAUCGACGGCAUCAACCACAACCUCCGCCGCAAACUCGAUAUCAACUUCUACACCCUCUCCCUCGGCAUCCUCCUCCGCCUCCUCACCUACCUCUCCCGCGCCAAAGUACGCAUAUCCUACCACUGGUCCGAGCUCUGGCGCUCCCUCCUCUCCUUCUUCCGCUUCCUGACCACGUACGUGUCUGACAUUCGGGCCCUGCACCGGUCAACCGAGAUGGUUAACGCCCUAACCUCCCUCCUCGCCUUCGCGCUCUCCAGCGGCGAGAACUUCCUCCCCGAUCCCGCCGCCUACGACGACCUCUUCUACAAGCUCGUCGAGACUGGCGACAUUCUGACCAAAUUUCGAGACGCUUUUGACCUCUCUUCCUCUUCUUCUAUGCAGACGUUAGUGAAUGUUAGCGGGCACUAUCAUGCGUUAUUGGAGGGGAAAGGAGCGAGUGGAGGUGGGAGUGGUAAAAAGAAUCUGAGCCCGAAAGAGGUCAGCAGUGUGAUUAAGCAGGGGUACGAGACGCUGAGUAUUGAGGCUGGGGAGGGGCUGGAAAGGUGGGAGAGGUACAGGGAGGCGGAGUGGAAGGGGGUGCUGAAGAGGGUGGCAAGGGUGGUGGUGGAGGAUGCAAAGGCGUUGAAGGAUGAGCGGUAG